AUGGCGGAGGACAACAUCAUCAACCGGCGAGGUGGCGAGUCGCUGUUCCAGAACUGCAGCAACCUAAAGAAGCGGUUGGCGGAAGUGCCUGGCUUCGAGCCUCACUUGGCCGAGAUGCAAGAGUUGGAUAGAACCAGCGAGGAGAACGACCCGGUCGCCUCGGUGUGGAAGUGUCUACGGCAAGGGUAUCCCCUAAUGACGAUAUAUAAUGCCACCCACCCUGCAGAGCCUCUCUCGAUCGACGAGAACAAGCUGCAGGAGAGGAACAGACCGAAGGCCGCCACCUUCAAGUUCCUUCAGGCCUGUCUGCAGGUGCUCAAAUUCCCGCAGCAGGAAUGCUUUCUCAUCACAGAUCUUUACGGUGACAGCACCACCGGGUUCGUAAAGGUCAUAAAAAUGGUCAACCGCGUAAUAGACAUACUCGAGCUUCAAGGCCAACUGUACAAAGUCUCGCAGUCGACAUCCCUGCCUUCCGAAGGUGGCAAGGCGAAACUUACCCGGAGAGAACACAUCCUGAAGGAGAUGCUCGAAACCGAACGAGACUACGUCCACCAUCUUCAAAACCUACAGGCGCUUAAGAAAGAGCUCGAAGAGACCGGUGCUCUGACCGGUGAUGUCAGCCAUCAGAUCUUCCUCAACCUCAAUAACCUGCUCGACUUUGCUCAACGGUUCCUCAUCCGGAUGGAACAGCAUAGCGCACUCCCAGAAGAGACCCAGAACUGGGGCGAUCUCUACCUAAACCACCACAAUGGAUUCCUCCAGUACGAGCCAUUUAUCGCCAACCAGCCCCGAUGUGAUCAGAUAUGUCAGAGAGAAUGGGACAAGAUCCAUACCGCGCCACGAUCCCCUGAUCUUCAGCAGAUGGUUGCCCAGCUGUCAACUCUCAAUGGCUUCUUUGUUAAGCCGUUCCAACGUCUUACCAAGUAUCCUCUUAUGCUUAUUGAGCUUCGAAAGCAAACAGAAAACCCUGGUCUCGAUGCCGACAUUGGCGAGGCUGUUAACAUGAUCCAAGUAAUCCUAGAUGACGCCAACCGCGCGAUCGAUAAAGAGCACCUAAUCUCCGCAGUCGAAGACCUUUCGCAACGAGUUGAGGAUUGGAAAGCCCUCAAGGUCGACCAAUUCGGUGAAUUAUUGCGAUACGGAACGUUUACCAUCCUGAAAGGCGAUAGUAGCAAAGACGCAGAAAGAGAGGUUCGUAUAAUUCUCUCCGACACCAAUUCACAGGCCUCCUUGCUUGGAAGCCGCCGGAGCUCCUUCACUGGUUCAGUCAUCCACCUCCUUUCAGCAAACUCCCACCGCAACUGGAGCUGGAAACAGCCCAAGGACCUUAAAUCCAUUUCUGUCUUCACUACACCAACACAAGCCGCCCAUCCCCUGGAACUCCUGUCCCCUGAUCAUUCCGCAAGCACAAAAACACUUGAAUUCAAUACCCCCCCUCCACCUGGACCCGGACACGGCUCGUUUGAGAACGUCACAACUUCGCCAUCCAAGCCUAGACGAUCUAUUUCUUCUAUCUUUUCCCUUUCGAAAAGUAGCAAACAUGCAUCAUCCCCAAUUACCCCUUCCAUACCCCAGCAGCGCCUCAGCAAGGCCCAUUAUCACAUAUAUCUAUUCGAGCAGAUCUUGCUCUGUUGCAAAGAUAUCUACCCGGCCAAGCAGAAGAGCAAGCUGAUGGGGAAAGAAAAAGUCGUACCAAACCCCAAAGUGAAACCAAAGCUCCAGCUUAAGGGCAGAAUUUAUAUGUCAAACGUUACUGAAAUACUAUCUCUUUCAAAGCCAGGAUCAUAUAAGAUACAGAUAUUCUGGAAAGGCGACCCGGGUGUUGUCGAUAACUUCGGUAUCCGCUACCGGGAUGAGGAUACAAUGAAUAAAUGGUAUAAGGAUAUCGACAAGCAACGGGCUCUUCAGUCACACGAACGCCCGUCCUCCAAACACCACGGCACUUCAGAGACAGAAUUCACAUACCUCAGGAAUACGCCCAAACCACCAAACCCUUACCAGGAGGAGUAUAGCACGGAAGAGGAGCUGUCAAGAGAGCCGACCAACACCUCCUUAUCAGAAUUCUCCACAUCACGAAAUGCAUCCAAUUCGAGCUUACGGGGACGCUCUGCUACUAACGGAAGUGGAGGCUCUGGUCAUCGACCGCAGCUUCCAAUGCCUAGUGUUCCUUUAACCGUACAUACCCAAUUCUCCCCUGGAGCUAUAUCCCCCGGCGAACGCAACGGUCCAUCCUAUUUCUCACCUACGGGAGAGGCGCCCCCAUCAACGCGGUCCAGCUCCCAAUCAACGGCCUUCUCGUACUCGCGUGGAGGAACACCAUCAAAUGCAUGGACCGAAGCGGAACAGAACCGAUACACCGCUCCAGCCAUGCCAAGGUCAGGCUCUCGAGACGGGUCAGGAAGCAACCCGUACUAUGGUAACGGCCCUCGUAACGCCCAGCGGCCGUCACUACCUCCAUUCUCGUCGAACCAAAACGGGCAGUCCGGAUCGCAGUCUCAAGCACAGGCACGGAUGAGGUCAGCAAGCAGUCCCGACAUCCACAAUGGUGUCGUACCAGACUCCCGCCGAUACAUGAACGGCGGACAUACCAUGCAGACUGUAGAUAACGUACCUGUACCUCCGAUACCCCCACACAUGGCAAACAUGCGAGCUCCCGUAAACAGGAGCCAAACCAGUUCUCCCACUGGGAACUCCCUUCCAAUACGCUCCGGCACACAAUCGCCCAAUUUACAACCACCACCUUCCCGCCAUGGCCACGGCCACCCACCACCAUUGGGCUAUAACUACGAGUCACACAUCCCCAACGGUCGACCACCACAACAACAACCUCCAACCUCUAUGCCUCAAUCCUCUCCAUUCGACGACGACUCUCAAAUGCCCAGUCAGCUCAAGGCCAAGAUCAACUUUGAUGAUAACUACGUCACUCUCGUGAUCGCGAGCAACAUACUUUUUCGCUCACUCACAGAUCGAGUAGACGCAAAACUAGCCCGGUUUACUGACCGGUCUAUUGGUGGUAACUCAGCCCGACUACGAUAUCGAGACGAAGACGGCGACUUCGUGACAAUCGAUAGCGACGAGGCUGUCCAACUUGCAUUUAUGGAAUGGCGCGAACAGCACCAGCAUGCGCUUGCCACCGGCCAAGUAGGUGAAAUCCAACUAUUCUGUCAACCGGUGGAAAAUUGA